UCAUGAGACACGGCUGUCAGACCGUCAUUGCAAGCCGAAGUCUGCAGCGAGUGUUGGAGGCCUCGAAAAAGCUGGUGGCAGCCACAGGCCAGCGAUGCCUACCUCUGUCCCUAGAUGUCAGGCAGCCCCAAACCAUUGUGGCAGCAGUGGAUGAGGCAAUGAAAGAGUUUGAGCGGAUUGACAUCCUUGUAAAUGGUGCUGCAGGAAACUUUCUGUGCCCGGCCAGCGCCCUGUCCUUCAAUGCCUUCAAGACAGUGAUGGAUAUUGACACUGUUGGCACCUUCAACACCUCCAAAGUGCUCUUUGAGAAAUGCUUCCGGGACCGUGGCGGGGUCAUUGUUAACAUCACAGCAACUCUGAGCUACCGAGGGCAAGCCCUUCAGGUGCAUGCUGGUACUGCUAAGGCCGCUAUAGAUGCCAUGACCCGUCACCUUGCUGUGGAGUGGGGACCCAACAAUAUCCGAGUGAACAGUCUGGCACCAGGCCCUAUCACAGGCACGGAGGGCUACCGACGGCUGGGUGGGAAAUUUGCUGAGAAGGCAAGCUACUCUGAGAUGAUCCCCCUCCACCGUGCAGGGAACAAGACGGAGAUCGCCCACAGUGUGCUGUACCUGGCGAGCCCCCUCUCCUCCUAUGUGACAGGCACCACCCUGGUUGUGGAUGGUGGGAGCUGGCUGACCUCUGCCAACAACUUCCCUGCCUUGCUGGGUAUUGCUUCAUCCUCUGCUAAACUCUAGAUGUCUGGGCUGCAGGAGCAAACACAAAUCAAUGAUGGACAGCCUGGGAAUGACUGAUGGACAGGAACGUAACCGAACGCUGCUGCUCUGGGACAUCUCGAGGUCACAUCACCUAGAGACGGAGCUGAUAGCUACUACCUCUCUGACAAGCGACUGUUGAUGGUGACGCUGCUGAUCCUGCCUCUGCUGGGUGGAGGGAGCACCAAGGAUGCUGGGUGGGGAGCAAGCCUAUGCCAAUUCUGUGCCAUUGUUUUCUUCCGAGCUCACAUGGCUGAGACUGCGAGGACAGCAAGGGGUGGGCAGGCUGUGAUGUUUCCUGUCCAGUUUGUGUCCCCCUUCAUGUUGUUCUCCUGGCUUUUCCUGAGUCUCAGGCAGUGCUCCCCCAGGCUAUCCAUCCCCUUCCCAGGCUCUCCCCUGGGUCAGAGACCUGCCUGAGAUACCCAGCAGCAUCCCCUUUUUGGGAAGGCGCGUACUUCAGGCCAUUCUGGGUUGAGCAAAGCCGUGUAAUUUCCCACUGUCACUGCUAGCUGCCAUGUCUGUGCCUUAUCCUUCUGCAGGGAUGAGGCUAGCCUUAGUGCUCAGAGCAUCUCUUGCUUUGUAACAGGAGCUGGCAGUUCUCUGAGGGCAGACAGGGGCCAAGCCCCUUCCUGGCCCCCGGCGGGAGCAGAAAUGGCUUUGUUACCUCCUGUAAUGCUAGGCCAAGAGCAGGUUCCUCGAUGAGGCAGCGGUCUCUUGAGGCUGGCACAGAUGCAGUUGGGAUAGCCAUUAUCCCAGGAAUAGAGAUGGUGUGUGUAGGCCAAAGCCAACCACAGAUGGUUCUGUACUGCUGUGCACAUUGUAGCUCUCUCUCAAGAGACUGGGUGUGCAGCUUGCUGUCAGCCCUGUCUGUCUGUCACGCUAUCUCAUGCUGUCUCCUUUCUUAAUACUUACACUACAGAUGAGGGUAAAUCAAGGGCACGCUGAGGGCUAGCUGAAGUUCAGAUCUUUCUGAACUGGCCACUGAGCUGACAAGCUGCAGGGAGCUGCAGCAGUUCUGCAUUGGGCUGCUGGACGCAAACCUGCCCCCUGUGCUGGAGCCUCGUGAGGUACACACCCAUCGUGUGCUCGUGGGCUCUGCUCUGCAGCGUUCAGUGCCCUGCUGCUGACAGUUUUUAAGCUUCACUUGAAUUCUCUGAAGUCUGAUUUAGAAAACUGCGUUUCCUGCUUGAUUAUAGACUUGACGAGUUUUGCUCCUUCCUCCAGGCCAUGAAUAAAAAACUUCUGUUCUUGACUGUGA